CCUACAGCCCAACACCACUGACUAUUUUAUUCCUCCUUCAACUGAUCCUAUACGACAUUAAAUUCAAUUCACAAUCCUCUUUGAUCUCUCUCAUUCUUUUUAUAAACUCCCACCUUUCUUUUCUCAUCCUCUUCUUACUUCCUCUACAUUUUUGCAAUGCCCCAAAAUCACACCCCAAAAUCCUCCAAAAUAUAAAUUCACUCACGUGAUGAAUAACAUCCAUUUUCCCCAAUUCAUCACUCCCAUUAUCCUUAUAUUACUCCUCUCGAGUCAACCCACCCGGGCUCAGCCCAGCGGGCCCGGGAACAAUCUUGGUCCCGAUGGCGGGAGGUUCAGCCCGUCUAUGGGUGUGAUCAUCAUAGUUCUUGUUGCUGCACUUUUUUUCAUGGGGUUCUUCUCCAUCUACAUCCGCCACUGCUCCGACAAUCCGAGUACCGUCGGUGUCCCUGGUCGUGGGAUUGGUUCCGUAUUAAGACGCUCGCGUCGAGCCCCUCGCGGGCUCGACGCAGAAGUCAUCGAGAGCUUCCCUACGUUCGACUACGUAUCCGUUAAAAAUGCUAAGAUAGGCAAAGGCGCGCUCGAAUGCGCUGUUUGCUUGACAGAAUUCGAAGACGAAGACACUCUACGACUCAUACCAAAGUGCGAUCACGUAUUUCACCCUGAUUGUAUCGACGCUUGGCUUAUAGGCCAUACUACCUGCCCUGUAUGCCGAUGCAACCUUGCGGACGACACGCCAAUAAUAAGCAUUGAAGAGUCUAACCACGUCGUAGUGGAGGUAGACGAACUAAGAUCGGAAAACUACAAUAAUAAUGAUAACAACAACAACAACAACAACAAUGAAAACGAGGAGAGUACUGAUUCUAUGGAGCAGCCAUUACAUGGUUGGACAAUGAGUAGAAGCCGUACGAUGAGAAAUGUAUCCUUUGGACGGCCAAGAUGGUUGGGGAAGUUAACAAGAUCACUUACAACAGGACACGUGGCGGUCAAACAAUGGGAAAAUAUGGAGAGAUUUACUCUAAGAUUACCUGAUGAGGUACGCAAGCAGAUAAUGAGUGGAAAGUUGGUGAGGACAACAAGUUUGGUGGUUCUACCAAGAGAAACUAGCUCUAGAAGAGGUUAUCGAACCGGGUUUGGUGAAGGGAGUAGUCGAGGCCGGUCCGACCGACCAGAUCGAGCUAGUCGGUCAGACCGGUGGGUCUUUUCUUUAGCGCCGCCUUUUUUUACUAGAGUUCCAUCUAUAAAGUCGCCUAAAGUUGUGGACAAUAUGAAUACGAGUCGAGCUGGCUCUUUGCGUGGUGGUUCUAUUCGAGAGAAUGUAACUAGUAUUACAUCAUCUACAAGUAGGGAAGGUUCUUUGCGUGGUGCUAUGCAAGCUGAGUUGACUCACUUACCUGUCUAAAGUUAACAAUUUUUUUACCUGUAAAUUAGUUUACAUUUUCAUGUUUCUUCUAAUUUUUUAUUUUAUUUUUUUUAUAAUUUUUGUGGUGGUAAGAAUAUUUACCAAAACAUGACAAGACUUAUUUGGACACGCAUAUAGAGAAUUUUUUUUUCCUAUUUGUUUUUUGUACUACAAAUUAGUGUAAAUCUUAUUUUAUUAUAUAUAUAUAUAUCGGGUACUUAUAAGAUAGAA